GCCGCCACCGCGCGGAGUAUGGGGCGCUGAUGGCCAUGGAGGGCUACAGGGGCUUCUUGGCGCUGCUGGUGUCGGCGCUGCUCGUCGGCUUCCUGUCUGUGAUCUUCACCCUCAUUUGGGUCCUCCACUACCGAGAGGGGCUCGGCUGGGACGGGACCGCGCUCGAGUUCAACUGGCACCCGGUGCUCGUGGUCACCGGCUUCGUCUUCAUCCUGGGCAUCGCCAUCAUUGUAUACAGACUGCCAUGGACCUGGAAAUGCAGCAAGCUCCUGAUGAAAUCCAUCCAUGCGGGGCUAAACACUGUUGCUGCCAUUCUUGCAAUUAUUUCUCUGGUGGCUGUUUUUGAUUUCCACAAUGCCAAGAAGAUCCCCAAUAUGUACAGUCUGCACAGCUGGGUUGGACUGACAGCUGUCAUUCUCUACAUCUUACAGCUUCUCCUAGGUUUUCUUGUCUUUCUGCUUCCUUGGGCUCCACUCUCUCUCCGAGCACUUCUCAUGCCCAUACACGUUUAUUCCGGACUUUUCAUCUUUGGAACAGUGAUUGCAACUGUACUUAUGGGAUUGACUGAGAAGCUGAUUUUUGCAUUGAAAAGUCCUGCAUACAGUUCAUUGCCACCAGAAGGUGUUUUCACAAACACCCUUGGCCUUCUGAUUCUGGUGUUUGGGGCUCUCAUUUUUUGGAUAGUCACCAGACCACAAUGGAAACGUCCUAAGGAACCAAAUUCUGUCCUUCUUCAGCCAAACGGAGGUGCUCCAGAGGGAGUGGAAACUUCCGUGGCCAUGAACUUUGGCAACAUGGACAAAUCAGAUUCGGAGUUAAACAAUGAAGCAGCAGCAAGGAAAAGAAACAUCACCCUUGAUGAGGCUGGACAGAGAUCCACCAUGUAAAAUGGGGUAGCAAUGUAGCUAUAUAACUCCAGUUUAAAAAACUAGCUCUCCAGUUUAGCUUCUCCUGUUUACCCAUGAGAUGAUUGAUAUCCACAGAGUCAAUAUUUAUUCUAAUCAGAAAAUAUGAUGUCUUCAAAGUGUUUAUAUUGAUUGAGGCUUAUGAACUUACCCAAAUUGAAAGGGAGAUGAUCAAUGUAAAUAUUAAUAACAGUAGAUAUAAAUUGUGCUUAUAUUACCUCUUUCUCAUUGAGGACCAAAGCAUUUAGCACAGUGCCUUGCAUAGAACAAAUAAUCAAAAUGUGUCUACAGUGGGUAAAUCUGAUAAACUGGCAGCUUCCCUGGCCUCUAAUCAUGUAGUCAUUUUCUGUUUAUUCUGGGAAUCCAGUUAUAAAGUUUUAGAAUCAGAUCAUGAAUAUCUGGGACAGAGUUAAUGCUACACCGGUAUCAUGACUAGAGCCCAGAAAAAAAUGUAGGAAAGGAACUGGCUUCCUUUUCCCUGUAUCUGCCCUUUGCUCCCUCCCCAGCUGGUUUGCCCUUAGAUUGGCCCUGGAGACCAGGGUUUAUUUUAGAGCACUUUGGAGCAGUGACAGGACUGUAGGUAGCUGAAGGUCUCCUCUGGUAGGACUUAGAAGUUUUUCCAAAUUGACUUAAUCCCAAGGCUUCCUUGGGUUUGGUGUACUUUAUGAUCCAGAUUCCAAACCUAAUUAUGAUGAGAAUAUACCUGAAUACAUAGGCAGUAUAAACUGCUCUACAAACCUCAAAGAACACUUUCCCCCAAGUUUCUGGCGUUUUUAAACAUGGAACUCACUAAGUGCCAGUACUAUCCUAAGCACUUUAUAAAUCUUAGCUCAUUCAAUCCUCAGAUAUCACUUUUGCAGUAGGCACCAUUAAAAUCUCCAUUUUACAGAUGAGAGAUCUGAGAGAGGUUAGUAACCUGCCUGAAGGUCACACAGCUAAUGAGUAGUGAAACUGAGGCUCCAAAACUGGCAUUUUGGCAGCUCAGGUCAGUCCAUGAUUCACUAUGUUGUUGUCUUCAUGGGUGCAUGCUAAGUCGCUGAGUCGUGUCUCUGCGACCCUAUAGACUGUAGCCUGCCUGGCUUCUCUGCGCAUGGGUUCCUCCAGAUAAGAAUCCUGGAAUGGGUUG